CUCUCUGGGACUGGGGGGAGAGGUAUACCCACCAUUAUUGUAGAGAUCUGUGUACAUUAAUAAUGGAUAAUGUGGGAGUGUGAUUUGUUGUUGGGCCAAAGGCAAUGUACGAGUCUACUUAGGCAUGAAUGCUGUCGUUGUUGGAGGGCCCACCUCCAUUGCUACAGCACCAUCUUCUCAUCUUGUGACUCUGCUUUCGUUCUCUAAUCUUCUUCACUAUAAAAACUGAAGAAACAAACCCCACAACCCAAAAAAAUCCUUUUGGAAAGUUUUCUUUUCUUUUUCUCUUCUUGUUUCUUUUUUUUUUUUUAGCCUUUUUUUUUUUUCCUAAGAGGAUGGAUGUAUAGGAGGGAGUGGGAAGGCUUGUUUGGAGGAUGACCCGCAUGGAGUUCUUGAAGAAAUUCAAGCGCUUCAAUCCUCUUGAGUCGUCUCUGGGCGUUCUUGGCUUCUUCCUCGUUGCUAUAUGUUUCAUUGGAUGUUUCUUUUUCUUGGAUUACCGUUCUGUCAGUCGGGGGCUUCGCACUCGUGCCUUGCCUGGGAGGCUUUCUUGGCUGGGAUUUGUUGAGUCGCCGUUGUCCUCCCCGUCGUCGUCAGAGGCGGUUGUCGAUGUGCUGCCGGGGUUUCUUGAAGAGGGUGGUGACGGGUGUAACGUGUUUGAUGGGAACUGGGUUUGGGAUGAGAGCUAUCCUCUGUAUCAAUCCCAGAAUUGUUCAUUGCUGGAUGAUGGGUUUCGUUGUUCUGAAAAUGGUAGGCCUGAUAGUUUCUACACCAAGUGGCGCUGGCAGCCUAAGCAUUGCAACUUGCCCAGAUUUGAUGCAAACGUCAUGUUGGAGAAGCUGAGGAACCGGCGGGUUGUGUUUGUUGGUGAUUCCAUUGGAAGAAACCAAUGGGAAUCCCUUCUUUGCAUGCUAUCUUCAGCAGUUUCCAAUAAGAGUUCAAUUUAUGAAGUGAAUGGGAAUCCAAUCACAAAGCACACUGGGUUCUUGGCGUUCAAGUUUAGUGAUUUCAACUGCACCAUUGAAUACUACAGAGCUCCAUUCCUCGUAGUGCAGGGCCGGCCUCCACAUGGAGCUCCGGCAAAUGUGAGAAUAACUCUGAGAGUGGAUCAAAUGGAUUGGAGCUCCAACCACUGGAGAGGUGCAGAUAUCAUGGUUUUCAACACAGGGCAUUGGUGGAAUUAUGAGAAGACGAUUCGGGGGGGUUGUUAUUUCCAAGAAAAACAGAAAGUGAAGAUGGAGAUGAGUGUAGAUGAUGCAUACAAGAGAUCACUUAAGACAUUGUUGGAUUGGGUUACUAUCCAUGUAAAUAUGAGUGAGACCCAAGUCUUCUUUCGAACCUAUGCUCCUGUUCAUUUCAGAGGGGGUGACUGGAAGAGUGGUGGUAGCUGUCACUUGGAGACGCUCCCUGACAUGAGUUCUUCACCAGUUCCACCUGAAACAUGGCCACAAUUGGAAAAUGCUUUUGAUGUGUUAUCAGAUCACUCAAACGAGCACUCAAACAAUUCACAAGUGAUGAAAUUGGAUUUGUUGAAUGUGACACUUAUGACAUCUCUGAGGAAAGAUGGCCACUCGUCUGUGUACUAUCUAGGGCCUGGGCUUGGACCAGCACCUCUCCAUCGGCAAGACUGCAGCCACUGGUGUCUACCUGGUGUUCCUGAUUCAUGGAAUGAGCUCCUCUAUGCCCUCUUCCUCAAGCGGGAGUCCAUCCGCACAAGAAAUUCAACAUCAACACAAAAUUCAACAGAGCCUUCUGCAGCUCAGGUGUGAUAGUUAAAGAAAGCUUUCUCAUCACACAAGCAUUGAUGGAUUCAAACUAACAGUAAACAUCAUUAACUAACCAGCAUUGAUUCUACUACUUCCCCAGUUAAAGGAGGAAAAGAGAUAAAAAUUUUGAACAAUAAUGGAAACUGCUAGUCUGGUAGUAACAGCCAAAGAGAUAUCAAACACAUAGCUGGGAGUUGGGAAUGCCUCCUCUCUGACAAAUGCAUCUCUGGUUUUUCCAAUGACAUAACAUAGAUCGCCCAAAUACAGUGCGGAUUUGCUAGAAACAAGAAAAAUCAACCUAUUUUUACUUGUUGCUGAAAUAAUUGCCAGCACUCGCUGUUAUUGGUGAACAGAGGAACCCGAGAACCUGAGAAUUUGCCAUUGUUGGGUGGUUUGUAAACAUAUUCUUGGCAUUGAAUUUUAGAAUUCACUAGAUGCUGGUGGUGGUAGUUGAGUAGGGAAGGAUUCUGGAGGUGAAUUUGAUGGUUGAGAGAAGAUGCACAAAUAUCCAUAAUGCGUCAUUCUUUGGAAAAAGGGAAAUCUUCUGUAACUUAGCAAUCAUCUAUUAUUUUUUUCUGUAUAUAAUAACACAAACAGCUGGAAUUUCAUAGACAGUCCUUUAUCUAUCAUGACUUAGGGAAGCAGAAUUUUGUAUUCUUUUCAUUUCCUUGUUCUGAUCUUUUUGCUUUGUGGACUCAUCCAAACCUUUGGAUAUGCUACAUCCAUGCUGUAUGAUUAUAAAUUGACAGGGCACGGAGAAUCAACAUUUUAGAAUGCUAA